GGGACAACUUGUCUGCACUACGCUGUGGGUCAUGGAAGCUGGCGUGUGGUGAAUCUGAUUCUGGACACAAACUACGCCGACCCGGAUCAAGUUAACGCCUCCGGUUUCUCACCCAUCAUGAUCGCGGCAGUCAGCGAUGUAAGCUUUCUUUGA